GUGUGUUUUGGUUUUUGUGGCACCUGUGUGUGUUCGUACUUGUCAAAUCUCAGUUAGUGUCGAGUUAGCGAUUUCAAACAAUAUUUGCGCACGUAAUUAUUAUGGCAUGAAAUCAUAUUGACUGUGGACGCAGUUCGUAUUUCCUCACAGUUAGCAGCGGUGCUAUUAAAUGUUACUGAGUGAUUAGCAUCUUCAUUAUUUACUGCGGAUAUAUGAACGAUACUCAUUACAGUACAUGUCUGGACAUAUUUAUUUAUUUAUUUGGUUGUUGUUGUUGUAGCGCUAUGCAGAAGUGACCGAAUACAAACUAGCAUAAACAACAUUUGUUUGUAAAAGAAGCUGGCAAAUGCUAAAUUUAAAUAUGCUGUACGGUAUAUAAAAAGGAACGAGAUGUCGAUAAGGGCAAACUCAAUGGCCAAGAACUUUCAGCAUAAUAAUGUAUAUGAAUUUUGGAAAGAAGUCAAGACUAUCAAUAAUAGUAAAAUACCACUUCCAACUAGUAUUGAUGGGGUUGUUGGGGCGGGGAAUAUUGUUAAUUUAUGGAGAAAAUAUUAUGGAGAUAUUUUUAAUUGUGUUGAGAGGAAGGAAUUUAAAGUUGGUCAUGUGGCGAAUGAUGAAGGUAUGAUAAUUACAAUUGAUGAGGUCAAGUACGCAAUUGAGAAACUGGCUGAGAAUAAAGCUUGUGGUCCAGAUCGCAUAACUUCUGAACAUUUGAAGCAUGCUAGUCCAAGGAUCUCAGUGUUACUUGCUUUAUGCUUUACAGGAUUUUUAGUCCAUGGUGUGUUACCUGAUUCCAUGGUGUCAGUUUUACUGGUACCGGUAAUUAAAGAUAAAACAGGUAAAAUAACUGGUACAGAAAACUAUAGGCCAAUUGCACUGGCAAGUGUAAUUUCUAAAGUAUUUGAGCGAAUCCUUAUGGAUAGGCUUAAAGAGUAUCUAACAACCACGGAUAAUCAGUUUGGUUUUAAAAGUAAGCAUGGCACUGAUUUAUGCAUAUAUUCAUUAAAGGAAGUAGUUAGUAAGUAUAAUCUACAUAAUUCAACUGUUUUUUUGUGCUUUUUAGAUGCAUCUAAGGCGUUUGAUCGAAUAAAUCAUACUAAGUUAUUUUUAAAAUUGCAAGAAAGAGGGGUUCCCCCAUACUUUAUAAGAAUAUUAUAUUUUUGGUAUGUACAUCAAACCUUAAAAGUUCAAUGGGGUAAGAACGUAUCGGAACCGUUUUUUAUGACGAAUGGGGUUCGGCAAGGGGGGAUAUUGUCACCUCUUCUUUUUAACCUGUACAUGGAUGGUCUUUCUGUGGAGUUGAAUAAUUGUAAGACUGGAUGUUUAAUAGGUGAUAGUCUCAUUAACCAUUUGAUGUAUGCUGAUGAUCUGGUUAUUAUGUCUCCUUGUAGCGCAGGAUUACAAAAGCUGCUUCGAGUAUGUUCAAGAGGACAAAUCCUGGAGCAGAAACGGCCAGACUGCAUCAGCUUAUUCUCUGGUGAUAAACAGAGAGUAGAGGUUGAGUUGGGGGAAGAUGAGCCGGGGGUAAGAUCCGACACCUGUGCAUCUGAGCAUUGAUUUGUCAUGUGAGCGAGCACACUAUCUGGAGGAAGUGCACAGCUCAUCCAGCUGUCUGUAAAUGAGAGGAACGCAAGAGAAAAGUGCUUGUCCUGUUGUCAAUCACCACAGGAAAGCGAUCAUGCCACGGAACUAUAUUCGUAAAACAGACUGGGGAUCAGUGACCUAUGAGGAGCUGGAGAAAGCCUUCGUUGAAGUGAAGCGAGGGAAAUCUAUCAGAACAGUAGCAAAAGAGAGAAAGAUCGGCAGGUCCACCCUGCAGCGCUACAUGAAGAAGGCAGAAGAAAAGAGAGAGAAGACGGUGGGCUACAGAGGAACGGCUGAAGCCAGGAGGAUCUUGUCUGAGGAGUUAGAGGAGGAGCUUGCUGAACACAUCCGCGUGCUGAGCGAAGACGUGCACGGCCUCACGCCAAAGAAGUGCAGAGAAAUCGCUUUUGAGUUCGCGCAGAAGAACAACAUCCCCGUCCCCAACAACUGGGGAGAGCAGAGGUUAGCAGGUCGAGACUGGCUCAGUAGUUUCAUAACACGCCACAAUCUCUACGGCCACAUAACUGAAGCUACGGGACAGAUCAUCAGUUUCAGUGUCAUCGACCAGGACGAAAUCAAGACAGGAAUCAAAGAGGAGCGCGACGUUCCUGUCCCUGGUCGUCAGACGUCAGAGGAGGACCGAGAGCGAGACCUGUUAGAGACUGACUUGUUUCUGACAUGAUGAAGCACAAAUCAUUCUGAUGCUUAAUCCUGUUUCCUGUUCGUUUAGGAAUAUCUUUCACAAAAGAAGUACUGUAUAAUGAUUUAAAUGUGGUCACACAUUAUUAAUCGAAUUCUUUUCAUGCUGGUACUUAUAGAAAUCAUUCACACUCCUGUUUUUUUUUUUCUUAAGUUAAUGUUUCAGUUUAAAUUUAUGUAUUUAUUUAUUUGUAUAUUCCUGUAGCUUAACUCAUAGAGCAUGGUACUUGCAAUGCCAAGGUCAUGAAGUAACCUUCGACCCCUAAACAAUUCUCUGUUUAAUAUCUAAGGGGGAUAAAACUUUCAAAAGUUAUACUGUACAUAAAAUUGUGUUCAGACAUAUUAAAUAUGGUGCUUUCAGAAA